AUGAAUUGGGAAAAAAAUGCUAUUUCUGAGAAAUGCAUUGGCUCUCCAACCAAACAGAAGAGAAGAAAUGACCAACUUGAGCUCAUGAAGUAGCUUAAGAUAAAAUAAGAAACACUAUUUCUUUAAAAGAUGAAUAAGCUAAAUGCCUAAUUGUCAAGAAAAGAAAGAUACAAAUAGCAAGCUAAUAUGAAAGUAAAAUUUAAUUUAAUAAUUUAAAUUGAAUUUAAAUCUAAUUUAAAAUAGAAUAAAAAAGGUAGUCUUGACCUUGAUUUUGAUUCUGACAACCAAACAAGUAGUUUACAGCCAUCACCUAUGAUGGUUCCAUCUUUACCAAUAAUGUUAAAAUCAAACUAAAGUUUUACAAACAUCUAUCCUGCAAUCACAAUUGAUGAGACAUAAAACUUAAGUAAUUUAGAUAAUAGUUCAAACAACUCUGAUUUGAGAAUAAAAUCUCUCACAUACACUGCUGGCAUACAUAAGAAAAUUAGUGAAUUUUAACAACAACCUAUUAAUUUUUAACAUUCUCAUAAAAAUUAAAUUUCCUCAGAAAGAGAUUCUACUGAUUACUUUUAAAAACUAUCAACUUAAAAUGAAAACAUAGAGAGGUGCAAUUAAGAACGUUUAUAUACCUAGAAAACAGAUAGCUUCAGCUUAAGUAAACAUGAUGAUAAAUUCUCAUAAGAUAAAAACUUAGCUGUUGCUUAAUCCUAAGCAGAUUUUAAAAUCUAAAAAAAUGAUGAAAUAACUUCAAAGUACUUAAGAGGAUCUCAUAUGCUCGAUUAUGGAAACGGAGAUCAAAAUGCAAAGACAAGAAGAUUUACUUAAUGCUCAGUAAAUAGCGGUUUAAGCAAUAAUAUCUAUGAAAACUCAACAAGAGAAACUUCAUUAAGGGAUAUUCCUUCUGUGAAUGUAAUAACGGCUAAUCUAAUAUAAUCUAAAUAGUUUAUAAUAAAAACUACAAGUCAAUAAUCUCUGCUAAAAACUUCAAAGUCACUCCAACCUAUCUCAAAUUAAGUUGAUAAUUCAUCAUAAAGUUAUUAAAUAGGAGCUCUCACCAGUAAAAGCUCAAGAAAAAGCAGUGAUAAAAUAGACUAUUUUAGUGAUCUAUAUCAAAUAGCAGAGAAUUAAUGCGACACUAUUGAUAAAUCAUCUGAAAACUAAUCGCUUAAAAGUCAAAGCGAUAUCGAAGAAAUAGAAAACAGCUAAAAUUCAAAAAAUGAAAGAAAAAGAUUUUUAUUAUAAAAUCUUUAAGGAGAAAAACAAUAAAACUAUAAAUACUCGUAUUAUAUAUCAUCUCCAUAAUCACCUCUUGAGACAGAUAAAAUCGGCAUCGACUCAUUAAACUCCAAGCAAAGUAUUAAGAAUAUAACUUUUAAUUAAUAAGAAAAAUAAGUUAUUGAUGAGGUUGAUAAAAGGGACUCUAAAACUGAGCUGUUAAAUGCGUAGAGCAUAAAUUCGUCUCCAAAUAGAAAAAUGAGUAUCAGAGAGUAAGUAAAACUAAAAAGAAAACAAACUUUAGAGUAUUUGGAUGAAGAUUACCAAAGUAAAAAUAAGAGCUUAACUAACUUUAUUAAAGAAAAGGGGAAUAAAGAUGAAAUUUUAGAAGUUAAUGAUUUUACUUACGGUAACAAUAUGCACGGAGAGGUUUUUUCACCUUCUGAAGAAGUGGCUCUCAAAAAUGUUUAAAAUAAAAAUUAACCAAUAUUAUAGCGCAAAAGCACACUUUCUCUUAUUAGCGAUCAAUACUCUUCCAUGUCUUAGAAUCAUUUAAAACAAAGAUCGUUUUUAAAGCAUUCAAAUGCGAUGAUUCGCAGACAGAGCUAAAAAUUAGAAAAUAUUUUUAAUUUGAUCUCUUUUGAAGACAAGCUUGUAACUAGGCUUUAUGAAUUUAUUGAAGGAAAUAACAAAAUUUAAAAGACAAUUUAAUUAGUUUGCAAAGUAAGCACUCAAGAAUUCAGUAAUCAGUGCGAAAUGGUUAUUUCUUCAACAAUUCAUGAUAAUAUACAUGGUAAAGUCCAAAAAAUUUUGGCUGACUCCAGUUUAAAAGAAAAAAUUAGUAAUGAGUUUAGGGAAUGUUUGUAAAAUUCUCAUUUUGAUAAUUAAGCUCUAAAUAUUUUUUAAAGCCAAUUCAAUAUGAAAUGGAAUAAUUUCUUCACAAACAUAAACCUUUUAGAAGAAAUGGGAGGUGUUGAAUAGCUAAGGCUAGUUGUUUGGAAUUGUUUUUAAAAGUUAGAAAAAAAACUAUCAUUUUAAUUUAAUCCAGGUGCUUGCUCUAGCGCUUGCAUUCGAUUUCUUGCUUCCCUAUUAACUGAUAAUUAAUCUGCAAUUGAAUAUUAUAUGAGCAAGUUAAACGAAAUUACGCUUGUUACCUAAAUGGAUUUUUUCUUAAUAAAAAAUGCUCUCUAUAAAUCACUUUACCAUUUAAGUAUCUUAGAUAUGGGUGAUUUAAAUUUUAUUAUUGAAAAGCUAGAAAAUUGUCGUGCUUAUCUUUUCCCAUAAGAUUAUUUAAAGUGUAAAGAUAUGAUGAGGAUUAUGGCAGAAAGUUUUCAUAAGAGCAAAAUAAUUUAAAAUCCAGAAAACCAAUAUUUUAUUUCAAAGGAAUACAACGUGAUAACAUUAAUCAUUGAAAGUAUAACUAAGCUCAUAAAUUAUGAAGUUAAUGUUGAUGACUGUAUAUCUAUAUUAAAACCAUUACUUAAAAAACCUCUAGAUGACUAGUUUUUCUCUGAACUCCUUAAAAUAUUCCGAAUAUUCUUAGCUAAUCUAGACUAUGCAAUCAUGCCUCACAUCAAUCACCUCUUGAAUCGCUUAAAACUUAAGCUCAACUAAUAAAAUACCUCUCUGCCAUUCAACUUUGUUUUGCUUGAAGUUGAAUAAGAUCAAAUUUUGUAAGAUAUGGAAGACUGGCUUGAAAACUACUUCAAAGAUGAAGACUUAAACAAUUUAAAUGAUAUUUUUGAUUUUAGAUAUAUUAAAUUUAUCCUCAGCUUUGCAAUGGACCAGAGAGAAAUAUUUUAAAUCUAAGAUUCAAUUAGUGCUAAAAGCUUUUACAAACCAACCUAAGAUGCAAUAAAGUAUUAAAUUUAAGCUCUAAGAUAGGUAUUAUAUUCAAAGCUUGAUAAACAUUUUGAAAAUAAAUUUAAAUCACGUAGAAAUUCUCAAUAAAUAUCCAUGGUCUUCCUACAAAAUUAAUAAAGCUAGAUUCUAGGAAGAAGUAGCUUUUAAUCUAUGUAAUUUGAUUUGCAAAAUGGUUCUCUAAUCAAAAAUUAGCAAACAGCAUCAAACAUAGCAAUUCAAACUAAUUAACAAAAUAAAGAAGAAAGCAAUUUAAGCGAAUAAGAACAAAAAAGAAGAAAUCAAUAUCAGCAUCUCAAUUAACUGUUAACUUACCUUCGUCAAUGCACAGAUGUUUGA